AUGUCCGCCAACGACGCCAUCCAGGACGAAGUCACCUCGCUCAAUGCCAUUUUCGACCAAGGCACCCUGUGUCCCGUGGAUGAGCAUGCAAGGCUGUACAGUCUGCGGUUGCCCUCCCUGCCGUCAAUAACCCUCCGCAUAGAGUUUCCGCCAGACUAUCCAGAUGCCCCUCCAUCAGUCCUCGGCACCCAGAGUGUCGGACAAGAUGUGCCCAAGGGCAUGGGCAGCCGCGCAGUCGACGUGGUAAGGGACGUUCUCGCAAGAGUAUAUCGGCCGGGCGAAGCGUGCAUCUACGAUUUGCUUGAGGAAGCGCGAGAGGCCUUGGAACAAGCAGAGCAGCACGGAGAUCUCCAGCUGCACGACCAGCAUGAAAAUGCGCUGGUGGAAGAAGAAAACAUUUCACGUGACCUCCCCGAUCCAAUAGUUGAUCUUGGACCCGAGCCGCCGUGGAUCAUUGCGCCUGCAAUUACCGAAAAGAAGUCUGUAUUCUUAGCCCGCGUAGCAUCAGUCUCGUCUCCUAUCCAGGCCAAGCAAUAUGUUGCGCAUCUCCUUGCGACUGACAAGAAGGCUGCCCGUGCCACCCAUAACAUGACAGCAUGGCGCAUCAAGGGGCCCAACGACACGAGCUAUCAGGACUGCGAUGACGACGGCGAGACUGCUGCUGGAUCACGCAUGCUACAUCUGAUGCAGCUUAUGGAUGUAUGGAAUGUCAUGGUUGUCGUCACACGAUGGUACGGCGGCAUUCUGCUAGGCCCAGAUCGGUUUCGUAUCAUCAACACAGCGGCAAGAGAGGCCUUGAUCUUGGGUGGCUACGCAAAGGAUGGCAAGGAGGGGGAUACGAAGAAGAAAGGGAAAAACCACACUCCAAAUGGAGGCAAUCCUCGCGGCAACCUCCGAGGUAAUUCUGCCGACUUUGUGCCCCACGGACGAGGAGGCUUCAAGGGUAACCGUGGUGGCUUUACCAUAAUUGACAACACCGACCCUACCGAGGGCGUUGUUACCAACAACCCCAACUUCCAACCACGAAACUACUCCAACGUUCCGCCGCCAGCCAACUUGGAUGGCGGACGAGGUGGCAGGGGCCGAGGCCGUGGUCGUGGGGGAUACCGCGGUCGUGGCGGUCCCAGGGGUGGCACACCGGCUGCUGCCCAGUAG